AAUAUUCCGCCAUCUUUUUUCUGCCAAUAACAAGAAAGAGAGUGGAGCUGUAGUUUAAUUUUAUUGUCUGUUUCCAAUUUAUAAGAGACGUAGACGAUUAUAUUUGUCAGGGACUUGGCUAUAUGAAACAAAUAGGGGGCCAUUAGCCUUGAGGCUCUUAGCAUUAAUAGACUAGCUAAUUGAUUUUGUAAACAUUUUCAUGUUUCCAACAGGUUUAUCUUCCCCUAAUCCCCGACCGCCAGCUCAGGAGGUUAGACCAGCAGCUUCUGAUGGUAAUAACGACAGCAGUAACAAUUCAGCGUCCAAAAAGAGGAAAAUAAGCAGCUCCGAGAAGGACGACUUUGGUUCAGUUUCUUCAUUUCCCACGAAAAUUUUUAGCAACAUCUCUUCUUCCUCUGGCACUUCCUCUUCGCAUCUCAGUCAGAAGAAGUUAAGGUUCGAGGACUCGGUAGAUUUCAUUGGACUGGAUGUAAAAAUGGCUGAGGAAUCGUCCAGUGCGUCGUCUUCAAACAAGACUAAAAACGUUUUCUUGGCCGCUGGUGUCGGGCACCACGCUAAUGGACUUACGAAAACUGUCGGUUCCACUACCUUUUCGAACAACAGCAAACCCGGUGCUGCAAGAAAACUAGUUAUCAAGAACUUCAAAGAAAAGCCGAAGUUGCCAGAGAACUAUACAGACGAAACAUGGCAGAAAUUGAAAGAGGCAGUGGAGGCCAUUCAGAACAGCACCUCAAUCAAGUAUAAUCUCGAAGAGCUCUAUCAGGCUGUUGAAAAUCUCUGCUCACAUAAGAUAUCUGCAAAGCUUUAUAAGCAGCUGCGGGUGGUGUGUGAAGACCACAUUAAGGCCCAAAUUCAUCAGUUCAGAGAAGAGGCACUAGACAGUGUCCUCUUCUUAAAGAAGAUAGACAAAUGCUGGCAAGAUCACUGCAGACAAAUGAUCAUGAUAAGAAGUAUCUUUUUAUUUUUGGAUCGAACGUAUGUUUUACAAAAUUCAAUGCUGCCAUCUAUCUGGGACAUGGGCCUGGAGCUGUUCAGGUUCUACAUCAUCAGCGACCAGAAGGUGCAGAACAAGACCAUCGACGGGAUCCUGCUCCUCAUCGAGAGGGAGCGGAACGGCGAGGCCAUCGACCGCAGCCUGCUGCGCAGUCUCCUGAGCAUGCUCUCUGACCUGCAGAUUUAUCAGGACUCGUUUGAACAGCGGUUUCUGGAAGAGACCAACCGGUUGUAUGCAGCAGAGGGACAGAGGUUGAUGCAAGAGAGAGAGGUUCCCGAGUAUCUCCAUCACGUAAACAAACGCUUGGAAGAAGAAGCUGAUAGGGUGAUCACAUAUUUAGACCAGAGCACACAGAAACCUCUCAUUGCCACCGUGGAAAAGCAGUUGCUGGGUGAACAUCUGACAGCAACUCUACAGAAAGGUUUGAAUCACCUCCUGGAUGAGAACAGAAUCCAGGACCUGUCUCUGUUGUAUCAGCUCUUCAGCCGUGUGCGAGGGGGCGUGCAGGUUCUUCUGCAGCAUUGGAUUGAGUACAUCAAGGCCUUUGGAAGCACAAUAGUCAUCAACCCAGAGAAGGAUAAGACUAUGGUGCAGGAGCUGUUGGACUUCAAGGAUAAGGUGGAUCAUAUCAUUGACAUUUGCUUCCUGAAGAAUGAAAAGUUUGUCAAUGCAAUGAAGGAGGCCUUUGAGACCUUCAUCAACAAAAGGCCAAACAAACCAGCUGAACUCAUUGCCAAAUAUGUGGAUUCAAAGUUGAGAGCUGGCAAUAAGGAGGCCACAGACGAGGAAUUGGAGAAGAUGCUGGACAAAAUCAUGAUCAUAUUCCGGUUUAUUUACGGGAAAGAUGUUUUUGAGGCCUUUUACAAGAAGGAUCUGGCAAAAAGGCUGCUGGUGGGGAAAAGUGCGUCUGUGGAUGCAGAGAAAUCCAUGCUGUCUAAACUGAAGCAUGAAUGUGGCGCAGCCUUCACCAGCAAACUGGAAGGUAUGUUCAAGGACAUGGAGCUGUCCAAGGACAUAAUGGUGCAGUUCAAACAGCAUAUGCAAUGUCAGAACAUCCCUGGCAACAUUGAAUUGACGGUGAACAUUCUCACCAUGGGUUACUGGCCAACCUAUGUGCCUAUGGAAGUGCAUUUACCUCCAGAGAUGGUGAAGCUACAAGAGAUUUUCAAGAGCUUUUAUCUUGGGAAGCACAGCGGGCGGAAACUGCAGUGGCAGUCAACAUUGGGGCACUGUGUCUUGAAAGCUGAAUUUAAGGAGGGGAGAAAAGAGCUUCAGGUGUCCCUGUUCCAGACAUUGGUGCUUCUUAUGUUUAACGAAGGAGAGGAAUUCAGCUUGGAGGAAAUUAAACAGGCAACAGGAAUAGAAGACAGUGAGCUGCGGCGGACCUUGCAGUCCCUGGCUUGUGGAAAGGCCCGAGUCCUGUCCAAAGUCCCAAAGAGCAAAGAUGUGGAGGAUGGCGACAAAUUCUCGUGCAACGAUGACUUCAGACAUAAGCUCUUCAGGAUAAAGAUCAACCAGAUCCAGAUGAAAGAAACGGUGGAGGAGCAGGCCAGCACCACGGAACGCGUCUUCCAGGACCGGCAGUACCAGAUAGAUGCAGCCAUUGUGCGGAUUAUGAAGAUGAGGAAGACGCUGAGCCACAACUUGCUGGUCUCUGAGGUGUAUAACCAGCUGAAAUUCCCAGUCAAGCCUGCUGACCUAAAGAAGAGAAUAGAGUCGCUCAUUGACCGGGACUACAUGGAGCGUGACAAGGAGAAUCCCAAUCAGUACAACUAUGUGGCAUAAACGGAGGGGGUAGGUUCAUACUGACCACCAACUGCUCAAAGUACUUGGUGUCAUCCAGGCUCAAAUGGAUGGUACGAUUACCCUCUUAAACAGAGAGUCCAACAACUGAAUGGAUAUGGAAUAUGGACUGCCCCUAACAAAUGAGACUGGGUCUGCUGACUGUUUUCCUGUGGACUGCAUGCCCAUUAAAGAGAAUAUUGUCCAUUUUCAAAGUGCUUGUAAGAAGCAAAGGCCAUCCUGAACAAGAGUAAGUCAAACCAGGCCUUUUAAGGGAAAAAAACAAACAAACAAAAAAAACAGUAUUUAUUUUGGAACAUACAGGGCACUCCAUAAUGUUUGGGACAAAGACCCCUCAUUUAUUUUUUGCCUCUGUACCCCACACUUUGAGAUUAAUCACAUGUGGUUAAAGUGCACAUUGUCAGAUUUUAAUAAAGGGAAUUUUUUAUACAUUUUGGUUUCACCAUGUUGAAAUAACAACAUUCUUUAUACACAGUCCUCCCAUUUCAGGACACCAUAAUGUUUGGGACACAUCAAUGUUAUGCAAGUGCAAGCAGACAUGUUUGGUAUUUUGUUGCAUAUCCUUUGCAUGCCGUGACUUCCUGAUAUCUGUGACUUAUCAACAUCAUCAAAGUCUGGAUGUCUUAUUUUCAGGUUGUCUUGCAAGCAAUACUAAAACUCUUAGCAAUUAAAUGGCUCUCUGGGAAUUGAGGGAUGGGACUAGAAUCAGCUGUAAAUUAUGCUGAUACAAUAUGCAACACAUUUGUUGGGUUUAAGUCAUCAAGGGUCCAAGGUAUUAAAUGAGCCUCAAACCACCAUGCUGCUGCCAGAUAUGCAGUAGAUAUGAAAACAAUAGUUUCUCCUGACAAAUUUUCCUGUUCAAAUCAAUGGAAAGAUAUUCAGGAGAAACAAUUUCUUUCAUAUCUACUGCAGUCAUGUCUACAUGCUGAAUCUAGUCCCACCCCCCAAUUCCCAGAGAGAUCCAUUCAAAUGCAAAGCGUUUUAGUAUUGCUUGAAGGACAACCUGAAAAUAACAUCUCCAGACUCUUAUGAUGUUGAUGGGUCACAGAUAUCAGGAAGUCAUGGGAUGCAAAGGAUAUGCAACCCAAUAGUAAACUUGAUCACUCAUUUACUUUUUUUAAUUACAAAUCUUGGAUUGUGGAGUACAGAGGCAGACAAUAAAUGAUGGGUCUUUGUCCCAAACAUUAUGGAGCGCAUUGUAGAUCUUUGUGAUUUGCUAGCUUACAUCAUUCUUGAAUUUUUUGUUGUUGGUUUUUUAAGACAUUUUUCUUUUUCUUUUUUAAUCACUAUCUCACACAGUAGAUGUUUGACUCAUUGGAUGAAUGUUAUCAGAGGAAUUUCAUUUUUUAAAAAAGAAAGAAAAAAAGGUUUUGUACAUGUCCCUCCACUACCUUUUUUUUGCAGUCUGAAAAUGUAGGAUGAACUUCUUUAAUAGUCUAUUCACCCCAUGAUUCACUUACACAGGAAAGAUUAUAUGGUUCUUUUUUCAGGUUAAGACAUUUUAAUAAUGUGCCAAAAAGACAGCACAUCAUUUGUUUGUAGAAUUUAUUAAUGCUGCUGAACAUUUUCACUUGUAAAUUGUUAUUCAUUCAAAUAUUUGUUUUGACUAGUGCAACCUCUGCUAUUGACAUGUUUUUUGUAUAGACUUUUUUUUAUGGAAGGCUGAGAUUGAAGACUGCAGGGCCAUUUACCUGUCCAUGUCUGAAAAUGGGAAUUGUACUAAAAGUUCUGGCUUCUCCUCUUUUGCCCAAGCAUUAAUAGGCUAGAGACACAAGAUUUACAUGCUGUUUGGUUCUGUUGUGAUCACAUAGUUCAAAUAAGGAACUCUAAGCAACAUUGUAUGUUAGUGAUGGGUUAUGAACACUUCUGGGAUUGAUGGUGUGUAAAAUUAUGCUGACCUCUGUCUGAAAUUCAUAUUUUUUGUUACUACAGAUUAAACCCAGUUUCCAUGUUUUCCCUGUUAUCGUUUAAUAUGUUUAUGUACUGUUUUUUUUUUUUUUUUUUCAAAUUAAAAUAUGUUUUACUGUUUUCAAGGCAAAUUCCAACAAAAAUGCAACACAGCCUAUGGGCCCUUAAAAGUUUUAUGUUCAGAAUAUAUGCAGAAUUCUGAGAAAUUACCUUUUUUGUAUAAUUAGUUGGCAGAUGCUUUUUUGGUAGCUGGAAGGUGGUUUGGGGUCAUUUUAAACUCACCCCUCACAAAAUUCACCCAAACAAUGCAGGAUAAUAAUUUCUGAAAGUGUAAUGUCCUGAAAUUGCAGGUCUUAUGUUUUCCCACUGAUUUUAGUGGAAGAGGUGCCAAAAAUGUGUACAUGUAUGCAACUCAACCAGAUUAUAUGAUUUGGGUCACUGGUUGGGGAAACAAAAUGCUGAAUGAUAGUUGUCGAAUAAUACUGACAACCUGAAGUAGUUUUACAAGAUCAGUGCCAAUGCUACUUAUCUGCCAGACUCCUGUCCGAGCCAUUCAUCUCUGUUCUUUUUUGUUUUCUCUUUUGUCCUGUGGAUUUUAAGUUUGUACGUCGAGUACAGGUUGGUAAGGCAUAAUUACAAUACAGCCUGUGUUCAAGGAUCUCACUGUUGAGACAUUCAGCUUGUUAGUCAUUCCACAAUGUUCCCUUUUAGAUGACCCUGUCAUCCCAUGUACCCACAUACACAGCAGAUGAGCAUACACUAACUGUUGCACAGCCUGUGAUUCUUCAGCUAUACUCAUUAUUUCCCUUUUUUCUGGCAGAUUUCAUUCUUUGUGUGCUAUUUUUAGGCUCCAUGUUUCCAAAUUGGAUUUAUACAUUUAUAAAAAAAGAUUCAAAGGAAAUGGGCAUGCUACACAGUCAAUAAAAGUCUACAAGAGAAAAAUAUAACAUCAGAUAGUCUUUUUAAUGCUUCACAACAAAGGUGAUAAGGGUAUGUUAUAUACUGUAUAUAGAUAUUCCCUAGGAGAGAGUGAGAGUCUGUAUUCUAGUUUGUGUGUCAUAAAAUAAAUAUUUAAAAAUCAAAACAAA